CUUCACGAGUGAUUUUUUCGUUGACAGUUGAACUGGACAGACCAUAGUAAAACUUAAACCACCAUCCACACGUGCUCGGUGUUUUCGACUUUCGUGCUCUUGUUCCAUGUACUAAUGUGAUUUAAUCAAAAUCGAGUCGUUUUUAUUUUUCCCCCUUAAUUACCUAUUUAAAAUUAUUAUUUUUUUCUUAAUCAAUUGGUUGCAAUAAAGCGUUCAAAAUGAAUGGUGGUAUGAGAUCCUGCCUUAAGCUGUGCUCCAACUCGAUUUUAUCAAAAUUGAAACAAAGUAUCCAGCCUGAAAUGGCGAAACAACGACUGUACAGCACCUUUUGGAGAACUAUUAGCCCGAAACGAAUGGUAGUCAACAAUUUCAAAUCUACUCUUGACCACUGUUUCUCCUCGUCCUCGAAACAAUUUUCUACUGAAAGUAUUAAACCCUCGCCAGUUGAAAAGGAAUUAUUGGAAUAUAUAGAACAAGAAACUGCCAAAGUGAAGGAAAGCUCUUACGGUUUCGAAAAAAAAGUAGACAAGAGUGAUCUUAUUUUUACCAAAUAUCUUCUCAAUGAAACAAUUUCGGUCAGGUUUAACACCAAUCAUUGUGUGAAGGUUGAAGAUAACAAGAAACCCACUAAAAAUGAGACUGGCGGUGAUGGGGAACCUCUCGAAUAUAAAAUAAAACCCAAUUUCAGAGUUGAAAUCACAAGAGACAGUACUACCCUAGGUUUUGAUUGCGUCAUUCAAGGUGAUCACUCCGAUGAUGGUUACAUAAGUUAUAGAGAACGUGAUACGAGUUCUGAUGAUGAUUGCACGACCGAAAGUGACUAUUCGAGUUCUGAUUAUGAUUGCACGACCGAAAGUGACUAUUUGAGUUCUGAUGAUGAUUGCACGACCGAAAGUGACUAUUUGAGUUCUGAUGAUUAUUGCACGACCGAUAGUGACUGUACGAGUUCUGAUGAUGAUCAUGGUUGUAAAUGUAGUCAGAAGGAGACCGCAAACCAAUGUGAAGAUACGAGAAUGUUCAAUAUUCAAAAUUACGCAUUAUACGAAGGAAAACUGAAUGAAAACGAUUAUCAGUCCCGUGGUGUUGGCAACGUAAAAGAUUCUACUUUGUACAACAUAAUGAAGAAUUUGUUAAGAGAGAAAGGCGUCUGCGACGAAUUUCUGCAUGAAGUUAUACGCCUUGGUGAAAAUAAAACUACUGAUCAUCGUUUUUUUAUAGAACAACUAAAGGAGUUCUUGAUCGGUAAAACAGUGUGGAAAAGUGCAGGAUGUAUAAAGGCGAAACAAGCUUCAUCAAAAAAAAAAUGUUGAAAAAAAAUCCUCAAAAUGAGGUUGGUAAAAAUUGAAAGUUUGAAAUCGUGCAAUUUCAAACGUGCAAUUUUCCUGUUCCCACUCAAAUGUGUAUUUAUUCCAACGUUUUUUAUUCAUUAACUUCAUAAAUAAUUUUAAUUCAA